CGGGGCGUUACCGAGCGGCUGUAAGGAAGUGAUGUAUGAGGGCUGGUGGCGCGAUGGAGCCACAGCAGCAGCAGCAGCAACUGAGGAACUUGCGGGACUUCCUGUUGGUCUACAAUCGGAUGACCGAACUCUGCUUCCAGCGCUGCGUGCCCAGCCUGCACCACCGAGCUUUGGAUGCUGAGGAGGAAGCCUGUUUGCACAGCUGUGCUGGGAAGCUGAUCCAUUCCAACCACCGCCUCAUGGCCGCUUAUGUGCAGCUCAUGCCUGCUCUGGUACAGCGCCGCAUCGCAGACUACGAGGCUGCCUCAGCUGGGCCAGGUGUUGCUGCUGAACAGUCCGGAACCUCACCAUCAGGCAGCUAGCCCUCUCAACUCCAGGAAGGGAGGCACUGGAUGGACCCUCAAGUUGAAAGAGCCAGUGGACCUUGGGCUGGAUGCAGCCUGUAUAUAGAGUGAGGGGUUACCUGAGAGCUGGGUACUAUUGCUCCUUUUCCGGAGCCAAUAAACCCGCUUUUACUCUC